AUGUAUAACAACACGGGUUAUCCAAUGUAUCAACAACCACGUACAGCCCAAAACCAAGGUUAUGGUAAUCAAUUUUGGAAAUCUCAAAAUGGCAACACAGAAAAUGCAGAUUUUGGUGGUGCAAUGUUUAAACCAAUGAAUAAAGCGCCGGGUGAAUUAUUAAGAAAACCAAACUGGACUCGUGAAUCUCUUCAACCAUUUAAAAAAGAUUUUUACGCUCCACAUGUAGACACCGUUAGCAGGAGUCCAGAUGAAGUAAAUUUAUAUCGUGUUGACAAAGCUAUCACAAUUCGUGGAGCAAAUGUCCCUGAUCCUAGUCAAUUCUUUAUUGAAGGUAAUUUUCCUGAGAGUGUUGUUCAAGAGUUAAAAAAACAAGGAUUUUCUGAACCCACUGCAAUUCAAGCUCAAGGAUGGCCAAUAGCUUUAAGUGGUCGCGAUCUUGUAGGUAUUGCUCAGACAGGUUCUGGAAAAACAUUAGCGUACAUGUUACCAGCAGCAGUGCACAUUAGUAAUCAAGAGCCACUUCAACGUGGAGAUGGACCUAUUGCUCUAGUAUUGGCUCCAACAAGAGAGUUAGCCCAACAAAUACAAAGUGUUGCAAAAAUGUUUAGCUCAAGUAUUCGCAAUACUUGCAUUUUUGGUGGCACUCCUAAAGGGCCUCAAGCCCAUGAUUUACAAAAUGGGGUUGAAAUUGUAAUUGCUACUCCAGGGCGGUUAAUUGAUUUCUUAGAACGUGGGUCCACAAAUUUAAAACGUGUGACUUAUUUAGUACUUGAUGAAGCUGACAGAAUGUUAGAUAUGGGAUUUGAACCUCAAAUUAGAAAAAUCAUUGAACAGAUAAGGCCUGACCGGCAAGUAUUAAUGUGGUCUGCAACUUGGCCAAAAGAGGUUCAAGCGUUAGCUGCAGAUUUCUUAGUCGACUACAUUCAAAUCAAUGUUGGUUCUUUAGAACUUGCUGCCAACCAUAAUAUUCAACAGUUAAUUGAAGUUUGUGAAGAUCACGAAAAAGAUUAUAAAUUGUUUGAUCUUUUAAUGAAAAUAUCUAAUGAACCUGGAUUUAAAGCCAUUAUCUUUGUAGAAAAGAAAAAGAAAGUUGAUGAGCUGACUAGACAAAUAAAAAAUGAAGGAUAUAUAGCAACAUCUAUGCAUGGUGAUAAAUCUCAGCAAGACCGAGAUCAUGUAUUGAAUGAAUUUAGGAACGGUAAAUCACCAAUUUUGGUUGCUACUGAUGUUGCUGCUCGAGGAUUGGAUGUUGAUGAUGUUAAAUAUGUAAUCAAUUUUGAUUACCCCAAUUCUUCUGAAGAUUAUGUACACAGAAUUGGCAGAACUGGUCGUUCAAAACAAGCAGGAAUUGCUUAUACAUUCUUUUCCACAAAUAACAUGCGACAAGCCAAAGAUCUCAUUUCAAUUUUGGAAGAAGCUCAUCAAGUAGUCCCAGAAGAACUCAUUGAAAUGGCAAAUAUGGCAAAAAAUCAUAUGUCAAGUCGGGCUAAGUGGACCAAUCGUUAUCGUGAUGUAAAUACACCACUGGCUACUCAAUCCCCUUAUGGACAAUCGAAUAAUGCUAGAACUGCAAAUCCUAACUACACCAAUGGGUCUGGUUAUGGAGGAGGUGGAGGCUAUGGAAAUAACUUUAACAGUUAUAGUAAUGGAGCCACCAACUAUGCUAAUGGUGGAACUUUCGGAAAUGGUCAAAACUAUCAAAACAAAGGUUAUAAUAAUGAACAUAAAACUGGAGCAUACCAAUCAGGAACAGGCAGUAUUCCUCGUAAUGUUCCCAAAUUCCAAAACCCACAAUAUCAAACCCAACAAUAUAAUGGAAAUCCCGGUCAAAAAUACGGACAAAGUCAGAACACUGUUGGUUAUAACCGUGGUCAAAAUGGCUACACUAAUAAUCCACGUGCCAACUAUCAGCCAAACCGCUUCAACCAACAACGUCAGUUUUCUAAUAUGGCUGACAUGUAUGCGAGUACUCUGCCACCACAGUAUGUGAUGAACAAUACCGGUGAUGCUUCCAUACAGCCUCUACUUACACACAAGUUCUUCCAGCAGAACCGCCCCCCGGCAGCUACUCAAGAAGCGUUUUCAAAUGGUUACACCACUGUGCCACAAGCAGGUUAUCCAUACUAUGGCCAGCCACAAUCAGUCCAACAGUAA